AUGACGAAAAGGGAAAGUGAGAUUGAGUCGGCUUCGGCUCCACAAUCUAAGAAGUUAGAUACGACGUUUACUCACGAUCAGAUCACCAGUUUCGUCAAUCCCAAAAUCUUUGACCAAGAUUUCCAGACCACUUUACGUCAGGAAAUCAAAGACAGUCAGCCUUACAGAUGGGGAACUGUGAAAGAGCUCAUGGACGAUACCUUGUUGAGAAAUGUCCGCAAGGAGGUGUUGUCUGAGAUUGCAUUCACCAAGAAAGAAACUGAUAUUUACAAGGUGUUCCAGUCUGGAGACUUGGCCAAUCUCUCUGGGCUCGAUUGGGACGAUCUCUCGAGGUUACCUUCAUUGUAUAAGUUGCGUGCUGCUAUCUACUCCGAGGAGUUUCGUGAUUUCAUCUCCAAUGUUACAGGCUGUGGAAAGUUGAGUGGAGUCAAGACUGACAUGUCUAUCAACACUUACACCAAAGGCUGUCACUUGUUGACCCAUGACGAUGUUAUUGGUUCACGUAGAGUGAGUUUUAUUCUCUACUUGCCGGACCCGGAAUUUACUUGGAAGCCCCAUUAUGGCGGUGGCUUGAGGCUCUUCCCUGCGGUGGUUCCCAAUGUCCCAGAGACAGACUUCAGUGCCAAGUUAGUUCCCCAAUUCAAUCAGAUUGCAUUCUUCACGGUGCAACCAGGAUUGUCAUUCCAUGACGUCGAGGAGGUCCGUGUGGAUAAGCAAAGAUUGUCCAUCCAGGGAUGGUUUCAUAUUCCUCAACCUGGCGAGGAUGGCUUUAUACCUGGAGAACAGGAGGAGACAGAAGCCAAGAGUACUUUGCAGCAAUUGCAGACCAAGGAACUCCAGGAGUAUGACUUCCCAAAGCCUAUAAGGAACGAUAUUGCAGUGAAUGAGAUCAAAUUGUAUGAGAACUUGGACCUUGAGAGAAUGAUCUUUUCCGAUAAUGAGAAGCUGUACUUGGCCACGUACAUCAACCCCUUCUACUUGACCCAGAGUGCUGUCCAGCAGUUGAAUGCCACCUUCCUUGAACAGUCUGUUGUAGAGAUUUCCGAGUUCUUACAGAAGGAAUACGCUGAAGUUCUCCAGACCACACUCAGAAAGACCGAGUUGGAGAACAAAACCCCAUCCACUGCUGCCGAGAUUACUAGUCCAUGGAAAUGCGCCGUGCCGCCUCACAAGCAGAGAUUUAUGUAUAUAGAUGGCAAAAGCAGUUUCGGGCUUAGUGAAAAGGAGACGGAAUUCGUCAACCAUAUUGGACCUCAGGAAAUGCCCAAUUUUGCAUUGACCCGGCAAUUGGCUCCCCAUGACACUGAAAAAAUGCUUUUGGAGGUGAUGAGCUUCAUGAAAUCGAUUGCCUUCAGAAAGUGGAUGGCACUUGUAACUGGGCUCAUUCCUACUAGCGACCAGAUCUUGGCCCGGAAGUUCAGACCUGGACAAGACUUCAUCUUGGCCACUACUACCGACAAGAAGUUGGCUCGUGACCACUUGAACGAGCUCAACGUGCUUCUCGAAGCGACCUUGGGCAUCACACCUACGGCUACCAACCCCAAAAACUGGGAGUCGGGUGAGUUUGGAGGCUACGAAUUAUGUAUGGCUCUCAAUCUGGGGGACAGUGACGAUGAGUUUGAAGAUGACGAUCCUGCUAUUUACAAGGCCAGUGAUCCAAAUGACGAUUCUGUGUUGUUCACCAGUCAAUGUAAGUGGAACUCGCUCUGUCUCAUGUUGAGGGACCCAUCGGUGUUGAAGUUCGUCAAGUACGUGAGUAUCAAUGCGAAGGGUUCUCGGUGGGACAUCAGUGCACAAUGGAACGUGAAGAGCCUUGGAGAGGAAGAAGACGAUGAAGAGAACUAA